AUGCCGGCCCCUUUGGAGACCUGCCUCUCAGAUCUUGACUGUGCCAGCAGCAACAGUAGCGACCUGUCCAGCUUCCUCACCGACGAGGAAGACUGUGCCAGGCUCCAGUCCCUCGCCUCCACCUCGGGGUUGUCCGCGCCGACCCGCAGGGGCACGUCCGUGUCUCCCGGGGCAUCGGAUAUUCCAGGGGCGCAGGAGGAAGAGCAGGAGCGGAGGCGCCGGCGAGGUCGAGCGCGCGUGCGGUCCGAGGCUCUCCUGCACUCUCUGCGCAGGAGCCGACGGGUCAAGGCCAACGAUCGCGAGCGCAACCGCAUGCACAACCUGAACGCUGCGCUGGACGCGCUGCGCAGCGUGCUGCCCUCCUUCCCCGACGACACCAAGCUCACCAAGAUUGAGACGCUGCGCUUCGCCUACAACUACAUCUGGGCCCUGGCUGAGACGCUGCGCCUGGCAGACCAAGGGCUACCCGGGGGCUGUGCCCGGGAGCGCCUUCUGCCGCCGCAGUGCGCCCCUUGCCUGGCCGGGCCCCCUAGCCCCGCCAGCGAUGCGGAGUCCUGGGGCUCGGGAGCCGCCGCCUCUCCCUGCGCCACCAUCGCGUCGCCACUCUCUGACCCCAGUAGUCCCUCUGCCUCUGAAGACUUCGCCUAUGGCCCUGGUGACCCCCUUUUCUCCUUCCCUGGUCUGCCCAAAGACCUUCUCCACACGACGCCCUGUUUCAUCCCUUACCAUUAG